GAACCUGAAAAGCAUACCUGCAACUGUCAUUGCUCCUACUCGGAGACAAAAGGCGAUAGCAGCUGGGGCAGCGGCAACCUCGUUCUUGUGGUGGCGAUUUUGCUAGGUCUGGUUCUGGUAUUCACCAACACGGCAUUAGCCCUCAAGGUCACCUUCGAGGAUAAUCAGUCUCGUAAGGACCGUGAAGUGCAGGUGGCAGUGAAAGGGAAAUCGAAGGGGGGCUUUGGCGUUUACGGCGAGCCCGUGUGCGUGCUGAGCGAUGAUCCAGCAGCUGUUGUUGUUGCUCCUGCCGUUGGUGCCCGUGCGGCCCCAGCUCCUGGUGCUGCUGUGGUGGCUCGAGGAGGCCACGAUGCUGGAGGACCUGCCGAUGAAUUUUGGGUGCUUGCCGAAAUGGUACCGAGAGAUCAGUCAGCCUCCAAUGAUGUCCACACCUUGGAAGUCAAGUUCGGCUACAAUGGAGAGAGACAGAGGGGAUUCCGUGACACAGCGCGGGAACUUCAGAUGACGGAGUUUGAGGACUUCAUAUUGGCUCCAAGAACAACGUUAGACUACGUGAGGGCCAUUGCUGGGAUUGCUGAGUCGGCCACGGCCCAGCACCACAUCUGUGUGAGUUCAUCAGGCAUUCCUUCUGGAGAUAGAUCCAUCUAUGAGGAUCAGUUGUUGGCCAAUUGA